GCGCGCAACAAGUUAGCGAAAAUUAAAGAUGGCAGCCUCCACCACGUCGGAAUGUUUGUUGUAACGUCAAUUGUUUAGGGAAACACGUCUAAACUAUUCACUUGUGCAAAACAUGGACCGUUCUUUAUUCGUACGAGCGGUAAAAUACCAUGGCUCUGAUUUUGAUCGUUUGGUCAAGGAAGAACAAACUGGGGCUACUUUCCUAGACGAAAAUGCAGCUGCAGAAGCAACGUCCGACAAAUCCGAAAUAGACGGUUGCGCACUCAACGACGGGGUUGUAAAGGCGAAUAAGGAGAAUACUUCUUCCUCUAAACGAACAGAUAUCAAAAGAAGGAGCAAACAUCAAAACACAGGAUUCAACAAAGAAUUCAUUCAAAAUCUUCAUGGCUUUAUAGCAAGAAAAGCAGAUUUAUUCUUCAGGAAACCUGAUGAGCUACCAAGCAGUGCUAGCAGUACUGACGUCCCAUUAGCAAAGGAUGAUGAGAAAUCGGACUACUACGCAAUCAUCCCGCCUCUGGAGCAGUUCAUGGGCAUUGACAUUGAAGUAUGCCAAGAGAAAGUCUUCGGACUUCUUAAAGUCGGCGAUGUCGUCUGUGGUCGCAUCCUCACCACCAAAGAAUUUGGCAUUUUCGUCAAGCUCUUGGCACUUUGCAAGGAUACAUCUCGUUUUCUUGAAGACUGUGAGGUGGUCGCUUUGCUGCCUGCAGGAGAACUCAGGGACAGAUAUUCAAAUGUUGCGUCAGUCGGCGAUUUCAGCGUUGGGGAUCUUGUCCGAGCUGUGGUUACCAAAGUCACCGCUGAGGAGCAGAAAGUUCUUGUUUCAUUGCAUGCGAGAGAAGAUCUAAAAGAGGACUCAAUUCUGGGCCUGAUUACAGAAGCAGACCUCCCAGUUCAUUAUCGACGCAGUGUACUUCAACUGGACUCUUUAGAGACGUAUGGAGACAUGCUUGAAAGCACCGUGGGUUUUGACAAUCCUUUCAACGUAUCGUACCUUGGAGUUAAGCUGGGGCUGGGAAAUGCUGCUCCCAUGUCACUCAUGCGGGGUCUUCAAAGGAAGAACUUUCCAGACAAGGAGUUUUCAGAACCGUUAAGAAAAUGGCAGACAAACAGAUGGUCAAUGGAAAGUGUUGCUAAGGGUGUGGAGCACUUCAAGGCAGAGAGGUUCAUAGAAGCAAUGCAACAUCUUAACAAAGCCUUGGAGAUUGAUGAGCAGAAUGUAGAGGCAUUUGUGGCAAGAGGGGCUCUGUACGCAAACAGAGAUCAUCUGUCCAAGGCUCUGGGCGACUUCAGCAAGGCUCUUAAGAUUAAUCCAAACCACCGCAACGCUAAUAAGUACAUGUGUGAAACACUCCUUGAAAGGGGAAAACAGCUUGAGGAGGCGAGUAGCCUGGAGAAGGCCGCUGACUGCUACAAAGCAGCGAUUGAGAUCAAACCAGGUUUCUUAGAGGCGCAGUUGUGUCUCAGUAACAUCAAGAAGAUGAGGACGCCCAAAAAGAUAACCAGCUCCCCAGAAUCAAUCUCCUCUGCUUCGCCGGGAUCUCCAGACUUAACUCUCAUCUCAGCCGAGACUCUUAGACAAAUGGUGGAUACAGAGCAUAACGCAUCAGCACACACCAAGAGUAGCGCAGAGAAGAGCAAAAAGAAGAAAAAGAAGAAAGGCAAAGAAAGAGACAAGUCCUCAAGCAGGAAAGACGAGAAGCAUUCUAGCAAGAGCAAGAAGAGGUCAAAGAAGAAGAGGAAGUAUUCUAGGAGUUCAGAUAGUUCAGUUUCUUCAAGGCCUUCCAGGUCAAGAGGAAGCUUACACUCUCGAGAAACAAGUCAACAGAGAAGUGGCAGAAAGCUCUUCAGAGAAGAAAGAAAAGCGGACAGAACUUCGAGCAAGAAGAGAGCCGACUCUCGGAAGAGAAGCAAAUCAUACUCUAGUUCUAGCUCUAGAUCUAGGUCAAGAAGCCGACAUCUCAGUGACCGCAAGAGGACUAAAUCUGGAAGAAGGCGGUCUGGGUAUAACUCUGAGAGCAUUAGCUCUGACUGUUCUUCAAGAUCAAGACCUAAACAUAGGAAUGCAAGAAAAACCAGGAAACUUGAAUUUGUCGCAAAAACUGAAGAACCAACAUCUAACAGAAAGAGUAUAGUUGUACAAAGUAAAAAUAGUGAAAGUGCCGGAAGAGGACGAACAAGGUCUAACCAUUCCAGCAGUGAGAGCACCUAUGGCUCUCUUUCGCCAGAACCUUCAAGAAAGAAAUCCAAACCAGGGUCAGAAUCAAGAAAGACAAGAGAUGAGAAAUCGCAGGCGAAAAACACAGCAAAGCAUCUCAAAACAAGAGAAAAUCAGUCUUCAUCAGUGUCGCCAAGAUCAAGACGUAGCACAAUAUCCACAGAAUCACAACGAAGUCACACAAAAGAUGAUGAGGAAGGUCUUCAGUACUCACCCACUAGAAUAGAUGGAUCAUUUCUUCAAAAGGGGAUCAAGGAUGACAGGUCUAGAUCUAAAUCAAGUUCAAAAGAUGGCUCCCAUCCAUCGAGAAGGCACAGUAGGGAUGUUUCUCCACAAGACCAAAUGAAAAUGGGAACGCAAAAGAAAGAUAUUCACAACAAAGGUUAUGUUGCCAAGAUAAAAGCAGACAAAUACAUCCUUGAUAAGGCACAGAGGGACGACAGUGGAUCAAAGACAAAGUCGGGCAAGAGAAAAAGUUAUGAAAAUGACAGUAAGAAAGGAAGAAGAGUAAGCCACUCAGUAGACAGCAUCAAUGAAGGAAGUCAAGAGCAGAAGGAGAAUCCUUCAGAUAAACUCAAGAACAGGAGAAAUCAGAGCAAAUCAAAAAAUCAGGAUGCCAAGAGAGGACGCAGAGACGGGAAGAGUCAAGAUAGAAGAAACAGAAGUUUGUCGAGAGGGUCUUAUUCUGAGAGUAGUUACUCAGAUGGAAGUUACUCUGACGGAAGCUACUCCAGCUACAGUUUAUCAGGAAGCCGUUCUUACAGUUACAGCAGUUACAGUAGCUAUACAGCAUCAGGGUCUAGCAGCGACUCUGAUGACAUGACCAAAUCAAGAAAACGCUCGAGGCCAGAAAGCAGAAGCACAUCGAAGACCAAAUCCAGGAAGUCUGAUGUGAGGAAGAAGCAAGACGAGGAUGUGGACGAGGAUGUGGACGAGGAUGAUAGUGAUAGUGAUGUGGAUACAGGUAUGUACGAGAUCUCUAGAGACCAUCUUGAAAUGUAUAUGGAGAGCAAGAGCUAUCAGACCAAGAAAGCUGGCGAGGGAACACCGUUAAAGAGGAAGAAGAGGAAGCAUUCAGAACAGGAACAAGAGGACGAACCUAGCAAAGACAGCAAAGUGAAAAGUCAAGAGAAAGAAAAACCUUUAGAUAGAAUUGAGAAACUGAAGACACCUGUACCACCUGAAAUCAAGAAAGAGGAACUAAAGAAACCACCUGUGGCUGAACCUUCCUCAGAUGUGAGGCUAGCCAAGAAAAGAAGAUUCAAAGAAGUCAAAGAUGAACCUUCUCCUCCUCAUCAGCAGACCAUUGCAAUGGAAUUUGCCAAACCUGCCAAGGUUUCUGGAGAACACAUCCAACCAUCCGCUCAACAUGUGCCUCUCCGUCAGUCAUUAGUAGGUGCAUCUCAAACAGGUCACAAUCGGCCAGUAGUGUCUCAUCAGUCAAACGAAUCUGAUAUUGGCUUCCAUCAUCAGCCAGGUAUGGGCAUUAUUGAACAACAACGAGUACUGCCCAGUAAGAUUCACCAGUCAGUUCCUGAAGCCAAGAUUAACGAUCAACCGCAACCAAGCGAAUCUGAAAUGAAUACAAACAUAGCUGUUCCUUCCACAGCUUCUGCUUCAGGAGUUUCCAGACCGACUGGAGUAGAAGAGUUUACACUAGAAAUGUUUACCCCAGAACAACAAGCUGUCAUUAAGACCAUCUCUAAACAACUGGAAAACAUCCGACGACAAAGGUUGCAAGAAGAAAGAGCAUGCUCUGGAAUGAUACUGGAUACAAACCGUCCUGGUAUUAAGAGACCUCAAGAAGGUCAUGAUGGAACUAGGGGUGAAAGGUUGGCAGAUGUCAAAGGUCAAGGUCAGGGUCAAGGACACCACAUAGGUGUCAUUGUAUCACAGCGACCUGUUAACAAUCAUGAUGAUCAAGUACAAAGCACAAAAAGUACUGUACCGUCCUUACCAGAUCAAAGUGGACACCUUCAUGGAGUCGUAGGGUCCAGAGAUAAAGCAGGAGUGGAAGAAGAAAAACCUGCUGCUCUGACAAUUGACUACCAACACGGACAGAAUAUCGUCAUGGAAUCCAAGGGAAGGGAAAUCUUCACCCCUGAACUGCCUAGUGUCCCAACAAUUGAACAGGUCAAAUCGAGUAGAGGUCCUGCUGUACUUACAGAAAGGGCAAAAAGCAGUUUAGCUGGAGCGGGAGACAUAAGAACACAGACUUCAAGAGAAGAACGUGGACGUGGUCGUAGGAAGAGUAAAGAAAUGGAACCGUCAAGGUCACACCAUAGUAGUAAAGGUCAAAGGUCACAUGAUGACACACAUGUCAGGGAAAGGUCGGCAGAUUCAAGUCAUUACAGUUCAAAAACAAGUGAGAAGCAAAGCAUGGAUAAGAGCCUUUCAUCAAGUCAUCCAAGACACACAGAGGAAAGUGCAAAAUCGACUAAGGUUAUAGAUUAUCAGCAUGGAAGAAGUGAGAGACGUUACGAGAGAAGCGAAAGGGAUAAACCUGCCAGUAGCAGACACCAGGAUAGAUAUGGUGACAGACCCCAGGAUAGAUAUGGUGACAGACCCCAGGAUAGAUAUGGUGACAGACCCCGUGAUAAUCUCCAUGAGGCUUCAUAUGACAGACCUCUGAAUCACAGGGAUGGCAGAGACGGUCACCGUCAUAGAUAUGAUGACGGACACCCUGAGAGAGACGGGAGACAUAGCCGGGAUGAACAUUCCAGUAGUGAUAGAUAUCAUGGUGGGUCGAGUACCACCCAGGGGGACAGAUACCAUAGUAGACCCCACAGCAGAUAUAGUGACAGACAUGGCUCCAGAUCAAACCAGAGUAGUAGCAGAACACCAGUUAGACCCAAAGAGAGCAAUGCCUUCCACAAGUUGAUUACCUUCAAUAAGGACAUACAAGUUGCAGUUCUGCACAGCGAAGGGAAAUGGGCUCGUACCCAAAGUCCAGAGGUUGAGAAAAGGCAGACAAGAACAUGGUGGCUCUAAAGAGAAUUCAACUUUGGUUCACUCAUUUAUAGCGUUUUAUUGUUACACUUUAUGUAUUUGUCCUCGGCAGUGAUCCUCCUGGUCGAUUGCGGACUUUUGUUGACUUUUUUGCAUUCAAAAUCAGUGUGCUAUAAUAGUUGCUGCUGGUCUCGGGUUUCCCCUAGAAUCCUUUGCCUGCUGGUUAUGCGCAUUGGGACAUGAAUAUGGCCUAGUGCAUCUGAUCAGGUGUUUUUCGUUUGAACAAACAAACGCCGGAUUAAUUUUUAAUUUUUAUUUUUCUGUCUUGGUUUGUAUUAACAAAGUUUUUCUCUUUUUUAAUACUGUGCUGAAGAAGAAAAAAAAGAAAAAAACAAACACUUUCUUUUCCAAUGCUGUUUUAUAUUUACUAUACCUCAUACAUAUUCAUGACUAAGAGUCGAGUUCUUACUGGUCCAUUCAUCAUCAAGUGCCAGGUGUUAUUUUUGCUAAUUACCAAUGCACAUUACCAUUGUGUGAAGUCAGCCCGGCGCUAUUCUACGUGUCAUGUGCUCUACCUGUUACGAUGGUGGUACUGUUUUGUUUACAUGCAUGAACAUCGCUCUCUCUAGCGACAUCCAACACAUGAACAAAUUUAUCAUGUGCAUUUUAUUUCAGUCGUCAUUUUCCCUUGCUCCAAAUCAUCUUCCGGUAACUGAAGAAGUAUGAAGUAUAGUAAAACAAAUAUAUCAUGGUAUAUUUCGGGUAGUUAGUCGAUAUUAUCUCCCCUCGGUAUUGAAAGGUGACCAACUAGUUCCCACGGCUUCGCCUUGGGAACUAGUUUGUAAACUUCCAAUAGCUCAGGGAGGUAAUAUUGACUAGUCAUCCUCAAACCUUGUUGUAUUUGUAUAUAGACGAUGUGACCUGUGAAAGCACAUGUUUAAAAAAAGAGCCACAGAGCCUUGACUUCCAGCAGGCAC